CGAAUAACAUAACGGAUGCCAAGGGCGAAAAUUUGUUCCCGCGACCCUUUUGAGAGUUGCUCGAAAAUGCUUCAGAUUUCGUAAGUUUUUUUUUUUUCUUUCAAAAACGCCAUUGAAGGUUGUCUCGAAGUAUCGAUAGAUUUCGCUUUCUUUAAUAUUAGGGUUUAAACAACUGUGGAGUUUUCAGUUUCUCUUUGAAACAAUUGUAUAUUGAAAUAGUUGCUUAUGUUGGGAGAAUAUGAAACAUGGACUGUAGUAAUGAAUCUUUGAGGGUUGACAUGGGGGUAAUAGUAGGAGGAAGUGGAGAUACUACAAGUUGUAUGAGUGGUUUGAAAAGUGAAUCGGGUUAUAAUUGCAAUCAGUGUUUAAAUCUGGAAGAAAAGAUCAAGACAAUCGAAUGUAAUUGUUCCGAUUUGCGGCAGGGGAUUGAACAGGAGAGAAAUGAGUUUAAAUUGCUUGAAGGUAAGAUUGAGGUGUUGAAGAGAAGGAAUCAAGAGUUGGAAGAGCAGAUUCGUCGAAUAGAGAGUAACGGCAGUAAUGAGGAGGAAGAGAGGGUUUUGCAAUUGAUGAUCGAGAACAGUGUAUUGGAAUGCGAGAAAAAGAAGGCUGAAAGUGAUGUUGAGUAUUGGAAAUCCAAGUGUAACGAGCUACAGUUGACAGUGGCUGAAUUGGGAAAAAAGUUGGAUGCAAAAGAAGGAGAUACAACUUCAACUAGACUACAUCAAGUAAAGGGGCUGCAAGAUGAAUGUGAUAAUUUAACCCAGAAAAUCCAUCUGCAAGUAGUUGAUGAAAUGCAAAACAAGGAUGGUUUAGAUGCAAAUCCUUUUUCCUCUCAUGGAGAAAUUGGAUCUCUACUAUCUCAAGAUUCAGGAAAGUCUUUAGCAAAAACUCCAAUCUUACAAGCCAAGUUUGUGAGAGAAAACAAAGCUUUACUAUCUGAAAGUGGCAAUAACUGUGUUAACAAAGUGAGGAAGCGAUUGACAUUUGAAGAAGAAAGGGGGUCUAACAAGAGGAUGGCUCCUUCUACACCAGCUGGUGAAAGUCCUGCAAAAGUUGUUGUUAUUGACAUAACUGAAAGUGAUGAUGAAAGAACUACUGGUCCUCCUUAUACAUCAAUAAUGGGAAGUGACUAUGAAACUUCUGUGCCCCUCGGUACACCUCCCGUGCCAGGAAUUGUUUGUAGUGUACCUUUCUAUGGAUCAGGGAGCACCUUGUCCAAUGCUGAAUUGCCUUCAAAGAAUGAUUCAAAGAUGACAGUCAUUGAGCAAGGUGAAGACAGUGACAUGGUUUGCCAUGAUGAGGAGGCUUUAUAUGUUCCAACUCCAAAAAGAAGAAGAGCUUCAAACAUAAUUGCUAGUGAUAGUGACAGUGAUGAUGAUGAUAAAGUUCCAAUCUCCAUGCUCAAAACUAGGCAUUUUCGUGAAAAGAACUCUGAUGAUCAUCCCAGAGGCAACUCAACUCAAACCGGUGAUUCCGAGGAUGAAGUCAGGAAUUUGUCCCGUAGACGGCGCCUAGUGAAGCUAAGUCAAUGUGCAGGGAAAAGUGGUGGUGGCAAUGACAUAGAAGAAGUGUCAGACAGUGAAGGAGAAAGCUUAGGUGGAUUUAUAGUUAGCAGCUCUGACAUCUCUAACUCUGAUGGUGCAUUGCAAAGUAAUUCUUCUGUAGCUGAAGAUUCGAUAACUGAUUCAGAGUAUGUAUCAGAGAGUGAUUCAGAUUAUGGUGAGAUAAUAUCGAGAAUUCGAAGGAACAAAGGUGAUAAAUUAGAGUGGGAGUUUGAGGGGGACAUGCUUGCUGCCUUUGGUAAGGAUCCUGAAUUAUGUAUGAAGGCCGUUUGUGUUUUGUAUAGGCAGCAAACAUCUGAGGAGCAAUGUAGUAAAGGAACAAUAGUUCACAAUCAAAGAGGUUUUAGCCACUGUGAUGCCUUCAGGGGAAGCACCUUGGCUGAAUUUCUUACUGAUGGAGAUCCGCAAGGUGAUAUGAUGAAGUCGGUGAAGGAAUUGCAAGCUUAUGAUCCCAAGGGUAUUGAACUGUGCACAACUUUGGCGACAAGAUACUCUAAGCAGCUGUUUUCUAUUUACAAAAACAAAGAGGAUCCUUUUUUCUCAGCUCCUUGACAUAUAUAGUAUGUAUGGUUUGUUUCCUUUUGCCCAAAAUGAUGGUCCAAAAUCACUCUUCCUAACCUUGAUAUACAUUACAUCUUAGUAUGUGUAUAGUCAGUCCCUCUGUAUAUACAACCUAAAUUGUAGGUGCUUUUGCUAUCAAGAAUUAACUAUUACAACUUUUGA